AUGAACCAAGGAACUUGCGGGGAGCCAAGAAAUAAGUUCUUCCAGUUGUUCAUCUGGCUGGUCAGUGGUUUCCUCAACCUCAAGAGGGUCUCUCUGUGGUCUUUCUUCCAGUUGUUCAUCUGGCUGGUCAGUGGUUUCCUCAACCUCAAGGGGGUCUCUCUGUGGUCUUUCUUCCAGUUGUUCAUCUGGCUGGUCAGUGGUUUCCUCAACCUCAAGGGGGUCUCUCUGUGGUCUUUCUUCCAGUUGUUCAUCUGGCUGGUCAGUGGUUUCCUCAACCUCAAGGGAGUCUCUCUGUGGUCUUUCUUCCAGUUGUUCAUCUGGCUGGUCAGUGGUUUCCUCAACCUCAAGAGGGUUUCUCUGUGGUCUUUCUUCCAGUUGUUCAUCUGGCUGGUCAGUGGUUUCCUCAACCUCAAGGGGGUCUCUCUGUGGUCUUUCUUCCAGUUGUUCAUCUGGCUGGUCAGUGGUUUCCUCAACCUCAAGGGGGUCUCUCUGUGGUCUUUCUUCCAGUUGUUCAUCUGGCUGGUCAGUGGUUUCCUCAACCUCAAGGGAGUCUCUCUGUGGUCUUUCUUCCAGUUCAUCUUGCUGGUCAGUGGUUCCCUCAACCUCAAGGGGGUCUCUCUGUGGUCUUUCUUCCAGUUGUUCAUCUGGCUGGUCAGUGGUUCCCUCAACCUCAAGGGAAGCAAUACCAUCGUCUUGAAGUGCACCUAGCCAGUUAUGUGGUAGGGCAGCAGCAUCACCUAUAACCAAACAAAUUUAAUGGUUCUUGUUAUAUUUCAUGAAACAGAAAGAAAUACUUCUAAAUAUAUAUAUAUAUAUAUAUAUAUAUAGGACACAAGGUAGAUUUAUUUUUACAUUAUAUAUAUAUAUAUAUAUCCAUAUAUAAACCUAAAGAGAAGAAGAAGGAAAAAAAGAAAAAGAAGAAGAAGACAUAUUAAACAGAAUAUGCAUGUAAGGUGUAACAUCUUUAGAAAGAAA